UAGGCAGGCGCAGACAAAAUUCAGAGAAUCAAAAAAAUUAAAAUAAAUAAAUUCAAAAAUAAAAAUAAAAAUAAAAAUUGAAAUUGAAAUAAAUAAAUAAAAAAAUUGGUAUUGUUUUUGGAGGGAGAGAUAGCUGAGCUGAGAGAGAAGAAGACUGUUUCUUCUUCUUCCCAAAACCCUUCUCUUUCUCUCUCUUCUCUCUCUCUCUACCCAUGUUCGGAGCUACCACCUCUUCCUCCUCCAGGUCCCAAAGGCCUUCCUCCACCACCACUACUGCUACCUCAACCUUUCGCUCCUCCCGCAAAUCACCGGCGCCGACCUCAAAACCCGCCGGACGUCCGACUACUCCUUCUACCUCGUCUAAGCAGCCUUCUCCUCCUAUUCCGUCUCGGCUUUCUGUUUCACCCACGGCCUCGGCUUCUGCUCAUACUCCUACUGCUCCGAUCCACGCCAUUGACCGACCUGAUGUUAGUAAGGCUAAGGAGAAUGUUACCGUUACUGUUCGGUUUCGACCUCUUAGUGCUCGGGAGAUUAAUAAAGGAGAUGAGAUUGCUUGGUAUGCAGAUGGGGAUAAUACAGUGAGGAAUGAGUAUAAUCCUUCUAUUGCUUAUGGAUUUGAUAAGGUGUUUGGUCCAGCUACAACAACUCGCCAUGUUUAUGAUGUUGCUGCUCAGCAAGUUGUUUGUGGUGCCAUGGAAGGGGUUAAUGGUACUGUAUUUGCAUAUGGUGUUACCAGUAGUGGGAAGACUCACACUAUGCAUGGAGAACAAAAGUCACCUGGUGUCAUUCCAUUAGCAGUGAAGGAUGUUUUUGGAAUCAUACAAGAGACUCCUGGGCGAGAGUUUCUUCUUCGUGUUUCAUAUUUGGAAAUUUACAAUGAGGUCAUUAACGAUUUGCUUGAUCCUACUGGACAAAAUCUCCGAAUUCGAGAAGAUGCUCAGGGUACUUAUGUUGAAGGAAUAAAAGAAGAGGUUGUUCUUUCACCAGCUCAUGCCCUAUCACUUAUAGCAACUGGAGAAGAGCACAGGCAUGUGGGUUCUAAUAACUUCAAUCUGCUAAGUAGUCGGAGCCACACUAUAUUCACCUUGACUGUUGAAAGCAGUCCACGUGGGGAAAAUCACAAUGAAGAAGAUGUGACGUUGUCCCAAUUGCACUUAAUUGAUCUUGCAGGUUCUGAAAGUUCUAAAACUGAAACAACUGGAUUGCGUAGAAAGGAAGGUUCAUACAUCAACAAAAGUUUACUGACACUUGGAACUGUGAUCUCCAAACUAACUGAUGGUAAAGCAACCCAUAUUCCAUAUCGAGAUUCAAAGCUCACCCGUCUACUGCAGUCUUCCCUUAGUGGUCAUGGACGGAUUUCUCUUAUUUGCACUGUGACUCCCGCCUCUAGCAAUACUGAGGAGACACACAACACAUUGAAGUUUGCACAUCGUAGCAAACAUGUAGAAAUAAAGGCUUCUCAAAAUAAGAUUAUUGAUGAGAAGUCUCUCAUUAAAAAGUAUCAAAGAGAAAUUUCCAGCUUAAAGGAGGAGCUUCAGCAAUUAAGACGUGGCAUGAUGGAGAAUCCAAAUAAUGCGGGAUCUACUCAAGAAGAUCUGGUUACUUUGAAGCUUCAGCUGGAAGCUGGUCAGUCUAAACUAAAGUCAAGACUGGAAGAAGAGGAAGAAGCCAAGGCAGCUCUAAUGGGAAGAAUUCAGCGACUGACUAAACUGAUAUUAGUUUCAACAAAGAAUGUAAUCCCAGCAAGUAUAUCUGAGCGGCCUGGCCAUAGACGGAGACAUUCAUUUGGGGAAGAUGAGCUGGCAUAUUUACCAGAUAAAAAGCGAGACUACGCAGUAGAUGAUGAUGCUGGAAGCUAUGGGUCUGAGAUUCCUUUGGAAGUGAGAGAUGAAGUGACUAGUUUAGAUGAGUUGGUCAAAGAUUACAGAAGGAACAAAAAGCGUGGGAUGCUUAGCUGGUUUAAACUUAAAAAACCCGAAAAUACGAUUGGAUUAUCAUCAACAGCUGAUAGUGAGAGCUCAGCUAGUGGGUCACCUGCAUCUUGCUCUAAAUCUUCCCAGAGAGUAAUGUUUAGUGAUAUGAAAGAUGGAAAAAGAAAAUCAGUCAGUAACAAGGGAGAUGAUCCUACCGUUGUUGACUCGUUGCCAGGAAAGACACAGGCAGGUGACUUGUUUAGUGCAGCAAGCGGCGGUCGUUGUCUUCCUCCGAGUGGUACUACUAUUACGGAUCAAAUGGACCUUUUACGUGAACAAGUGAAAAUGUUAGCUGGAGAGGUGGCUUUGUCUACAAGUUCUCUGAAAAGACUGUCAGAUCAAGCAGCUAACAAUCCUGAUGAUUCACAAAUUAGGGAAAAAAUGCAGAAGUUAAAGGAUGAAAUCAGUGAAAAGAAGUUUCAAAUACGAAUUUUGGAGCAGAGAAUGAUUGGAUCAUUUGAGAUGAUUCCACACACAGACAGCAUUGAGUUGUCACAGACUCUGUCCAAGCUUACUACACAGCUAAACGAAAAGACAUUUGAGCUGGAGAUCAAAUCUGCUGAUAAUAGGAUACUUCAGGAGCAACUACAAUUGAAGCUAUCAGAGAAUGUGGAGAUGCAAGAGACUAUUCUUCUGCUUAGGCAGCAACUCAAUUCGUUAUCAGAUAAAAGUACAAGUGGUUUAAGAAUCAUUGCUGGCAAUGGUCUUACCUCAGCUAAUGAAACAGAGCUCGGAGAAAAUAGAAUUGCUUCAUGCGGAGAAGCUUAUGCCGAUGAAAAUACACCAACUAGUGUCAUGAGCUUGAACAGAGUUUUAUCCCUCGAGGACAAAGACUGCAACAACAGUACAUUUUAUAAUUCCCAAGUUUAUGUUCAGGCUGCAGAGAUUGAGGACCUAAAGCAAGAUCGUGUGCGAUUAACUGAAGAAAAGGAUGAGCUUGAAGUUCAGAAUAAGAAAUUAGUAGAGGAAGCGGCAUAUGCAAAAGAGUUGGCUGCAGCUGCAGCAGUUGAACUCAGAAACUUGGCCGAGGAAGUAACCAAGCUUUCAUAUGAAAAUGCAAAGGUGACUGGCGAGCUUACUGCUGCACAAGAGCUUCGAUGCCGAUCAGCUUGUUGCCAGAAUCCAGCAUCAAAUAAUCUCAAGCAAAAUAGUUUGAAUAGAGGUCGAACUGAUUCCUACGCUAGAAGACCAGACGAUGAUGUUAUUUUCGAGGAGUUGGAGAAAGAACUUGAUGCAAGAUGCCAAAUGGAAGCUGCACUUAAAACAGCCCUAUCUGAAAGAGAUAAAGUAGAAGAUGAUCUAAGGAGGAGGCUUGAUGACGCGAAACGUCACGAGGAAGAUUUAGAAACUGAGCUUGCAAAUAUGUGGGUUCUUGUUGCAAAGUUGAGAAAACCUAACAAUAAUGAUGAAGAGUCAUCUGAAGUGAUUCAUUCAGCUGAUACAUCACAAGCAAGAGUUAGAAAUGGAUUUGUACCAUCUAAUGGCCAUUCUGAUAUGUACGAUGAAGUCGGCAAAAAGUCUGCAGGUUUAGAAGAUUUGAGAGCCAAGUAUCAGAAAGAAAGGAGAAAAUGCAAGCAGCUAGAAAGCCAUAUUUCCAGAUUGAAGGGUGAAGAUAUUGCUGGUCUGGACGUGACAACUCUUGAAGAACUACAGAACUUCCAUGUGGAGGCUAUAACAAAGAUUUGCCACGCAAAGUGCCUAAAUAGUGUAUUGUAGCAUGCUGAGGUUGACCACCGUACAAAAAUUACUCCACUGACAGUUCUAACAUUGCAAGGUUUUGUUAACCACUUCUUCAUCAUUUUGUACAGUCGAGGAAAUGUGACUAGAAAUUAGAAAGAAACAAUUUGUUUCUAAAAAUGACCAAGGAAACUGUAAUUUUUGCAAGAAAAAGGAAAAUCCCAUUUGAGCAUUGACAGAUUAGAAUGCUUUGUUGUACAUGAAACUUCCUUGUAACAAAAAAAUUAUGAUCAUUUCAUUGUGUAUUCGUAUAUAUAUAUAAUUAUCAAACUCAUAAUAUGUAAUGUAGGUUAUAUUACUUCAUAUCACAACCUUAAUAUAACCUAUCAAAAAGUAUUGACUCUAUUGAUCUAUUGACAUGUAUUUUGAUGAACUCAUUUAGACUUUA